AUGAAUAUGCCAGGUGAAACCAAUGAAGAGCUGGAAUUCGAAGAUAGUAGUAACAAAGAGUAUGAAGAUACUGGUUAUAACUACUAUAAUCUUCAACUCGGUUCCAAUUAUUAUUGGUGGAAUACCAAUGAAGAUGAAGAGGCAUACCCCAAAUUUACUGCUAAUUUAGAAGACCCGGAGUGGUCCCAAGAGCUUGAUAAGUACAUUAAUUGGGACUAUAACAACUUCUAG